ACUGACAGACCGAGCGUCGCGGUAACCAUGGCGACGAGUUGCUAGGAACGCGUUGCCAGGACAAGACCCACCUCGUGUUUACAUCUUAGACAUGUCUUCCCGGCCCCUCAAGUGUCCAGUUCGUGCGUGUGUGAGAUCCAAGAGGCUCCUGAGGGUGGAAUAAGCAGUGAUGGAGAGGCAGGACGAGGGGCGUGGCGGACCGAGGAUGACGAAGGAGGCGCUGAAGAAACUCUGUAAGCAGCACAACCUGUACUCCGUGCCCGCCCUUAAUGACGUUCUAUACCUGCACUUUCAAGGGUAUACGGAAAUUGAGAACCUGGAGGAGUACACGGGUCUUCGCUGUCUGUGGCUGGAGAACAACGGACUCAGGCGUAUCACAGGCUUGGACCACCUGAGGAACCUUCGCUCCCUCCACCUCCACCACAACCUGCUCACCUCCCUCGCAGGCCUCCAGCACCUGGCCAGCCUCGUCACGCUCAAUGUGUCGUACAAUAUGAUCAGGAAUAUCGAACAUUUAAGUGGUCUGGUGCACCUGGAGACACUGCAGAUCACACACAACCGCCUCUCCUCCGUGACCUGCCUCGCGCCCCUCGCCUCCUGCCCCGCCCUCUCCUCCCUGGACCUCUCCCACAACAACCUGCAGGGACCUGGCCUCGCCCUGGCCCUGGGGGAGGUGCGGAGCCUCAGGUGUCUUCAAGCAACAGGUAACCCGGCCACGCGUGAGGUGCGGCCCUACAGGAACACCUUCAUUCUCACCUGUCCGGAGCUCACGUACCUAGACGACCGCCCUGUGUUCCCCGUGGACCGCGCCGCCGCUGUAGCCUGGCAGAGCGGGGGCGUGGAGGCGGAGAGGAAGACGAGGAAGGAGUGGGCGGAGAGGGAACAUCGGCGGCAGAGGGAGUGUGUGGAUGACUUACUGAAGCUUCGUCAGAGAGUCCUGGCAGAACGAGCAGCCAAGCAGGGGACACCAGAGGGCGCUGCAGCACCUGACGCGCCCUCAGACAUGGGGAUCUACGUGCAGGACGACGGCCAUGAGAAGAUCUACGCCCUUACUCCAGAAGCCAAGGCGUGGGCGAUGAAGAGACUGAAGAAGGCGGAGGAGGAGGAGCUGCAGAAGGAAGGAGAGGUGGAAUCUGCUCAUUCUAACUCAGAGAAAGUUGAUGAGCCAGACGGGAAGACCCAGGAGACGUGUGAUGUGAAAGAGAAGGCCGUGCAGGACGAGGAAAGUAACCAAAGUGAUCAGAGUGACUUGUACAAGGACGAAGGCUUCAAGACACUCCUGGGAUUCCUGAGUGAAGGUUCCGAUGACCUGGAUUAUCUCUGCACUCUGAACAACACGAGAAAUGCAGGGAAAUCCAGCGAUAUUGUGCAGCGUGAGUACUUAGAAGAAGUCAAAGGGAUAUCUCCUGAAGAUCAAAUCGAGGUUCUGUUCGCUGAGGAUCAAGUGGAGGGUCUGUCUCCUAAACAUAAAGUCGAGGUUUCGUGUCCUAUAGAUCAAGUCAAUAGUUUGUCCUCUGAAGAUAAAGUCGAGGUAUUGUCCUCUGAAAAUCACGUCGAGGGUUUGUCCCCUGAAGAUUCAUUAAAUGAUGAAGCUUUCGAGGGGACGCCCAGAUACGAGACAGAGACUGGGGGACCGAAACACUUGGAGGAUUUCCACAUUGCUCAACUUUUUAACACAGAGACUCAGUGUUCGAAUUCUAGUGGUGAAGUUGGCGGCAUUGGUGCGGGUUUUCUUGAGUCAAGGAGUCGGUUUACAGAUGCAGAGUAUGAUGACCUUGGUCCUCACUUGUCCUUGCCUCUUCGGUACCAGGAGGAGGAGGAGGAGGACGCGGAGGACAACGAGGAGGAUGACCAAUUAUUCCUGAGGAGUUGUCAGAACUUCAUCAGUGCACACACGGCGACUAGAGAGACUCCCGGGCUGCUCCUGGACGCUGAGGGAGAGGAGGCUACUUGCUCUUCCCUUCACCACCACCAUGAACAGGCGGAGGAGGAGGAGGAGGAGGAGGAGGAAGCGAACCAAGAUCUCUUCACGAGUUCCCAGAGUAUCAUCAGAAACACAGAGAGCAACGCAGAGCCUCGAGAGCGUGACCGAGGCUCCGCCGGAGCAGAAGAGCACAGACCACCUUCCCCGAACCUGGACUCAGACCAGUACACGCAAGCGUUCCUACGGGAGCUGGUGGCCAGACACCACGCCACCGCCGAGGACCAGUCAGACAUCGAGGAGAUCCUGGACAACCUGGACCUGGAGGCCGAGGAGACAGUGCCGGUACACCCCCGACACCCGCACGCCCACCUUCUCCACCAGCUGGCCAAUGGCAGUGAGCCUGAGAGCGGCGAGGACGAGGAGCCAAUAACCCGAAGACCCCUGAACGGCAUGAGACUCCCGCCGCGCCACGCCGGCGUCCCGGUGUUCGGUGAGCGCUGGGUGGAGGAGGUAAGGAGGAGCAUCCUGGAGGACGCGGACUGGGAGGAGGAGAUCGAGUCCUCCAUCAACACAUCGGAGGAGGAGGGCAGCGUGGACGACCUCAACGUGGAGACGCCGGAGGAGUCGAGCCUGGCUGAGGACGACUCCAGCUGGCAGGACGACGACAGCGUGUUCGAGGAAGAGAGCGUGAGUCCCGCCAGCAGCGCGGGGAGGGUGGCGGCGGCUGAGGGAGCGGCGGGGAACGCGGAAGGGAACAACGCCCUGGACGGCCCGCCAAGAACCCAAACAGAUAGUGCCGACCCCAGGACGCCCCCGCCGCUGCCUGCUGAUGACGAGGACUCCAAUACCACCUCGUGUUCCAGCCUUAGCCUCGCCUCCCUGCAUGACUCCCCGGUGCACGCUGGCCACAUACCGCAGGCCUCCCAAGACCCCCCCUGGGCCAAAGCGGGGGAGGGGAACAAACACCGCAAAUCAUCAGGAAGGGAAGGAAAAACAGGAAUAGAAGAUUCACCUCAUCCUCAGUUCCCGGUGCGUGACGUCAGCACGGCCCGGGGCGGCUUGGGUGAGUCAGCAGCGACGGCACCCGCGGCGGCAGAGUCAGCCCUUUCCUGCGUCAGCAGUGAUGCAAGUGGCGGUGACGCGGCGUCCCUUCAAUUAUUGAAGGAGGAUCACCCGACGCCACAAGAAAUAGAGGACAUUGUGGAGCUCGAGGGACUUGUGCAACGCCCCGGGGCUCGAAGUGGCGCCUCGAAACAGCGAGGAUCGAGCUGCAGCACGCGUGACGCCCUCAGGAGCUCCCACGAGGCAUUCGUCAGGGGACACAACAUCACAGGGCGGAGGGAAGGACCUGGCGUUGGCUGGGGAGCGCCGGGGGACUGGACUGACCACGAGGGGGAGGAAUAGAUUGCAGAGGGAGCCACACGGAGUGACACGAAGCCACAUAUUCUCCUCUGGCGGACUUUUACGGUCUCUAACACCACACUGGCUAACAUUCAUAGCGGCUCGGAGCAAAAUGAGACGGAAUGGGGAUAUGAUACGUGAACUCUGGCUAGAUAGAGCACAUAGUGAAUACUGUAGAUGUAAUGCUUCCUCUCCUGUCUCUUGUACGAUUUUCCCCACUCAUUUGUCGACACACUUGUUUGUUUAUUCAUGUUGUCAUUGUUUUUUUUUUUUCUUGGUGAGCAGAGUCAGUGAGAGGCAGAUGAGUGGACAGACAAAACCUUCCCUUACCUCGCUCCAUUUUCUGUUUGUGGGUAGACUAAAGCUUUAAAAGAAGAGUUAAAGAGAAACUUGCCUCUCUCUCUCUCUCUCUCUCUCUCUCUCUCUCUCUCUCUCUCUCUCUCUCUCUCUCUCUCUCUCUCCUAUUCAAACAACUGAAGGUAAACUCAAGAUAAGAGGAAAAGUUGGAGUCUCAGAUCAAAUACGAGAACUGACUUCAUGUAUUUUAUCAAACGAGUUAGGAUAGACUAAAGAAUUAUCAAAAGAAGUAUUAAAAACCUUAUUGAUAUCCAGAACGCAGGUUUUAUAGUUACGCCUCUUUUGUAACACGUAGAAAGAAGUUGUAAGAUAUUCCAUUUACUCAUUCACAGGUCCCACAAAGCAGCCUCAUUUCAAGAUAGCAACACACGUGAUUUCUAAUAACAGCUCAAACUACAGUUAGUAUUAGUACUCGAGGAAUGCUUGUCUUGAACUCGUAACGAUAAAGAGAUGAUGUACUGAGAGGUAUUGAGUAUUUGAAAUUAUACUGUAGCUAUUCAACAUUCCUGUAUUUAUUGAGGAAAAGAUGAAUAGUUUUAUAGUUACUUGUUUAUGGUUGAUAUUUGAUUAUAAUGUAUGUGAAUUUUUAUUAUUAGAUAUAUUAGUGUUACUGUGUCCUUUGUUGGUGUGUUUCGUUGUCACGGUGACGCCUUGCAACUGAGUCUUGUUAGGUUUGGUCUGUUACGUGAAAGGUGAACUCAAAUACCAGCAUAGUGAGGCCUGUAUUUAGAAACCCUUUGCUGUCUCACCACGACUAUUUUCAAAGGCCACAGAGAUAAUAAGCAAGGAUCUCAAGACUGUUUUCCCUUUCAAUAACGUAGAAAUCUUGUUAAUAUGUCACUUAAAUCAUAAAAAAUUCCUCCCUUAAACACCUGUGUAGCUUCAAUUAGAGCCUUUUGAAGUAGUGGAGGUGCGACGCGAAAAUAUUUCAGAAUACUUGCUGAGUCAGGGCUUCGAACUUUGCUUCGAGCCACUGUUUCGCUUUGGCGUCGCCUGUUCAUCUCGUUACGCACUUCGGUAAGGAAGGUUGUUAUCUUCGUUCGUGUAUCGCAGUAUUUGAUUAAGAUAUAUUUAUUGAGAUCAUAGUUAUGUUUCCAAGUGCGAAGUGGGAUUUAUGGAGGUGGUUUCUGGUAUGAAUAAAAAUGAGUGAGAGA